CCUGAGAUGUGAGAACCGUGUCGCUCUGGGCUGCGGGGAGCCAACCCCGCCAGUUUGGCCGCAGAGAUCUGCCCCACCGUCCGCUUCCCGUCUCUUCUUCAUGUCGCUGUUUGCCAGUAACGACUGAACGGGGUCACCCAAGUGUCGGAAGGAGUGUGGAAGGCCGAGAGAGAACAGGGUGCUGGAGUUCUUCCUGACAGCUGCCAUGGCGGAAAAUAAUUACAGCUGGUGGAAACUGACCUUCCUUCGGAAGAAGAAAUCCACCCCUAAAGUCUUGUACGAAAGCCCCGAUAUCUAUGCCGUCGCCAGCAAUGAGAACCAGCAAGAAGUCACGCCGGUGGACGGUGGUGGUGACGGAACUGGGGAACAGAACUUCAACGCCCGGCUAGAGAAGAUAGUUGACAAAAGCACCAAAGGCAAACACGUCAAGGUCUCCAACUCGGGGCGCUUCAAGGAAAAGAAGAAAGUCAGGUCCAUGUUAUCGGAAAACCCCAACCUCUUUGUUGACAGUCCGCAGGAUGAGAACUGAAAGGGGUAUGAAGGAGCGACGUCCCCUUGCACACCCUC